AUGCAUUCUUGCAUGGGGAUUUGUCUGAGGAGGUCUAUAUGGCUCUUCCACCAGGGUUCCAUAGCCAAGGGGAGCAGUAACAAUAAGGCAGAAGUAGAUGAGUUUAAGGUGUUGUUGAAUCAGAAAUUUAAACUCAAAGAUUUGGGGGAUUUGAGAUAUUUCCUUGGACUUGAGGUUGCUAGGUCAGAUCAAGGAAUAAUCUUGUGUCAAAGAAAAUAUACUCUUGAAGUGUUGAGUGAUGCCGAGUUUCUAGGAUGCAAGCCAGCCAAGACACCAAUGGAACAAAAUGUCAAGCUAAGUAAGUAUGAGGGUGAAGAACUCAAGGAUCCAGGAAUGUAUAGAAGAAUGAUUGGCAGGUUAUUGUACUUGACUAUUACCAAGCUAGACAUCACCUAUGCAGUCCAUAGGUUAAGUCAAUAUAUGGCCAAGCCAAGGAAACCUCAUCUAGAUGCUGUGUAUAAAGUUUUGCAAUACUUGAAGAAUGAACUAGGAAAGGGGAUAUUUUUCUCAUCAAAAUCAGAGCUUCAUGUCAAAGCUUUUACUGAUUCAGAUUGGGCUUCAUGCCCUGAUACAAGGAGGUCUGUGACUGGUUUUAGUGUCAUUGGAGAUUCUCUAGUGUCAUGGAAGUCCAAGAAACAAUGCAUGGUUUCCAGAUCCUCUACAGAAGCAGAAUAUCGAGCUAUGGCUGUAGCUACUUGUGAAAUUGUUUAG